GACAGGACGCUCCGGAGCUGGACGCUAUGGACCAAUACUCUGUGUGAAGCCAAUACUGGAACGGUUGAACAUUCCGCCGCAACUGCGCGAAAGUUUUUGAGACUCAUGUUAGUAUCUGGACGCCCAGCUCUCCUGAAGUCCGAAGGCAUGAUUCAGAGGAAGGAGACUGUUUUGUCUGUCCUGCGGGAGCUUCAAGAGGCCACUGAGAGUUCUGGCCUGGAUGCUGUGAUCAAAGUGGCCCAUGAGGUUGGGCAGGUCCUCGCUCCCUUUCAACUCCCCAAAGCCCCCUAUCAGGACUUUCCCAGGUGGACUAGUGUGGAUGACGCAGCCCAUGCUUUAUACCCAUCAGAUGCACCUAGAGGACUCUUGCCUCUUAAGUGUAAUGGGGAAGGCAACUUGCUGUUUGAUGCAGUCAGCAUGCUGCUUGUGGGGAACACUGGACUUAGCCUGGAGCUACAGGUCAGAACUGUGGUGGAGAUGUUGCUGUGGAAGAGGUACUACCUGUCUGGAAUGAUUGAUUCGAAAAUGAUGCUUCAGGCUGUUCGCUUCAGUCUCUGCGCAGAAGAGUCUGAAGAUAUGCUCAACCUACCUGUAACAGUCUUGGAGGCCAUAUUUGAUGCAGAUGUUAAAGCUUCAUGCUUCCCUGGCUCCUUUGCCAACAUGUGGCAUUUGUAUGCCCUGUCGUCAGUCCUUCAGUUCAACAUCUACUCCAUCUACCCCAUGUUCAACCUCCAGAUCAGACCCUACUUCAACCGACUCAUACGCCCCAGGACCUGGCCUGAGGAUUCAGAGCCGCAAACCAUCCAUAUAAUGUGGUCCGGGGAGCUCCAGUCAGAGUCACUGUUCAGGCCAAAUUAUUUUGUCGCCCUUGUUCAGACAAGCAAAGCUUCGGGGGGCCCUGAUGGUGAACAGAGGCCGUGCCAAAUCAAAAGCCAGGACCAGCUGAAACAGCAUGCAACGUUUUCUUACCCAAGUUUGAAGGACAAGUACAACAUAACAAAGAGAACCUUCUACCGCUGGAAGAGGCAGACACAGGAACACUGCAAAAAGUCUGCUGCAAGAUAUGAGGCCAAGUAUUUCCUUCAAGCUUGCUACUUGGAGGGGAGGCUCAUCCCAUUGCACCAGUUCAAACAGUUCUUCCCUGAGAUCUCAAGGUCGUCAUAUUAUAACUGGAAGCAUGAGCUCAUAAAAUCUGGAGGAAACCUCUCCAACUCGUCUUCGGCGGGAGAGGUAAGUCCCGGGGAGAGCACUGAGCAAGAGGCCUGGUCAUCUCCAGAAGCACAACGGGAUGAGUCGGAUCACCAUGACAGCGUGGCCAGCAUGUUCGGCCUCAGCCUUGGCCGUCUGGAUGUGGAAAGGGCUCAGAAUGUGGCACACAUGCAGGAAGCUAAGCGCUGUUUACAGCAGUGUAUUGCCACAAACACCUCCUUCCCAUUCAGGAUCUUUAAGAGAAACUUCCCAGGCAUCUCCAGAUCAACCUACUACAACUGGAGGAGAGAAGCCAUGCUCCUGAACAGGGGCUACAAAGGCGGUCUAGGCAGCAGUGAAGACAGCUCAGAUGCUGACAAGAGCCAAAGCCCCAAAAGUAGGUCAGUGUUGCCCCAGCCCAUCGUGCCAAGGCCCAGGAUUUUCAGAACGAAACACAGAAGUUUCAGACUGGCCUACAUGAGUAAAAAACAGCUCAGAGAAGUUGCAAAGUUGCAUGUCCAGAAGUCCAGAUGGUCUUUGACAAAGUUCAAGCUCAAGUUCCCAUCCAUGUCCUCUUGUCUCUAUUGGUUGUGGCGGAGCAGCCACAUCUGCAAGAUGAGGAAGAAAAAAGAGGAAAAGGUGAUCAGUCAGAGUGGGGAGAUGAAUGUUCCAGAGAUUCUGGAGAGCACAGGUACAGAAAGCAAGACAGAAGAGAAUCAGAAUGAGAUCCCGUUUGUGAAGAGCCCCGAGUAUCUGGAUGGCUCCAGCGUGCAUCCCUUUGAUGCCCCACACUCAAAGUACCCCUUUCCCAGUAAGGCGCCCUUAGAUGAGCAGGUGUUUGCCCUGGAUGUCGUGGCUCUGGCAAACUUCAAGGCCAAGGCCAAGCUCUUCCUGCAGCAACGCUUUGAGGAGAAAUCUUUCCCUACGUUUAAAGAAUUUCGAUCUUACUUCCCAUUCACCGCUCGCUCAACAUACUACAUGUGGAAGAGAGCGUUGCAUCAUGGCGUGUCACUAGUUCAUGGGUGAACAGGUGAAGCUUCUAUUCCCCUAAGAAUAGGAGUCAUGUGUAAAAUGAAAGCAAUCCUGCAAAACCUGCUGACCCCAAAGACGUUCAUGCCUCCGCGUUAAACAAACUACCUACUUAUUGUUAAUUUUGUGUUUAAAAAAAAGCUUUAAGUGCGUUGGUUUAGCAUCGAAAUGCAUUGUGUCCUCCCUGUUCUCUGUCACCUCAGGUCAUUCCUACCUCCUGGACAUUUGCACAUGUGUGAAAAAACCUACAUUGUGGCUCUGUGUAAACCCUGGAUUUUGCCCUCUAGGCAAAAGGCAGUUCAAAGCUGUUGCUUAGUCUCAUUUUGUUUGAAGCAGAUUAUUCUCUAUUCUUUUAUUCCUGGCUUUUGGAUUUAGCUUUUUGUUGUUGUGUGAUUUGUUAAUGUGAGCUUUUUUAAUGCAUGCUAUCUAAACUGGGAGAUGUAUUGUUUACAGAUGUUUUUGAGAUUGUGAAGAGGAGCCUUUUUUUAGUUGGUAAAGUGAAUUACACCUUUUUUGUUGUUCUUACACCUUCCAAGUCCUGGUUCAAGUCUCUUUGCUUAUGCAGCUCCGUGUUACACUUGGUGCACGAAAAUUUCAGGUGGUUGCAUGAAGAUUUUGGCAUUGAAAAAUGCCCAUCUUUCUAGAAAUCAACACAACUGAGUUUUGCCACAUUAUUUUUGCACUAAGAUGGUUCCCAUUUCACUGAAUGUAUUGUCUGAGUAGAUAUGCACACUGGGUAAGUUGCUUAAAAUCUUUUUGAGAGAUCAGGGUGAAGAUAUUUUAUUUUUUUGUUUCUUUGUCAUUUCAAAACUACCUAUUUCCCUGAAAUGUUGGGAGAGAUCUUUGCCUUUAUAAGCUACUUUGGUGUGUAGUGCUGCUCGUCAGACACACAAAUAUUACCUACAUUUUACAUUUUGUACUCCCAUAUAUUUAUUUUUUGUAAUCAUAACUAGGCCAAAAUACAUCCUAUUACCACUGAAAUUCAUGCUGGGUCAGUAGAUGAAUAAGUCUGUACAAUGCGGCUGUAUAUAAAUAAACAUUC